CUAGCAUUCGCUAAUCCUUCAACAUUGCCCAGCAGCCUAGACAUCCUCACCACUUCUGGGAUGAUGGACCGCCAUUGAGACCCUCAGGAUGUUCAGCUGGGUGGUGAAAGUGGUUCCCCAGCCCCCUGAACCUCCUGGGAAACUAGGAGAUGAGAAGACCAGUGCCUCGCCUGCACCAGUAAAACAAGUCAAAUUCAAAGAAGAGAAGAAACAGGAAGCUCCAAAACCUGCUGAAACCAAAGAAGAAGUUGCCGAGGAGAAUGGUGGUCAGGCUGGAGUGUUGACAUGGAUUACCCAUGGUUUAGCUAGUUCUCUUCCACAGCCAGCUGGAACACCACGGUUAGGCAGAGCCAACACUGAGUGCUCCAACAAUCAGGAUGACAACAGUACUCAAGAGCAGGGGUCAGGGGUCCUUGGCUGGAUUGCUCAGGGAUUGGCUAGUGUGGUUCCACAGCCUGAUUCAAAAUACUUGGAGGGGGGUGAGCCUGAGGAGAUAACAGAGACUGCAGAGGUGAGCAAGGUGCCAGAUGUUAAGAAAAAAACCAGCACUGCAGAGGUGAGCAAGGUGCAAGAGGUCAAGGAACAAACUAGUGUACAUGCGAUCCAAGAUCUUCCAGAUGCAGAGCCUCUUCCUCAUAUUCCUGUUGUGGAGGUUGUGUCAGAAGAAGAACCUGAAGAAGAGAAGGGAAUCCCACCCAGAGUGAUUGAGUGGCUCAAGCAGGGAUUUGAGAAGGUGGUUCCCCAGCCAACUGACAUCAACAAAGAUAUCUCAGUGAAGGCCGUCUGCACACAGAAAGUGCCCACCGCACCUCCAGAAGCUGAAGAGGAGGCCAAACCAAAUGAAAUGGAGAAACAACCCAAUGUGGUAGGCUGGAUUGUUCACGGCUUUGGUCGCAUAUUACCUCAGCCUGUGUUGACUCCUGGUGGAUCGGAGAAUGUGGAGACUGUGCAAAACAUGCACAUCCUGCAGGCCCAAACAGACAUGAUUCUGGAAGAUGUAGACCCAAACUGGGAGAAGGAGAACAAGGAGAAGUCAAAGAGCUGCGACCAGGAGGCCCAGGGAGCUGCCCAGCUCAAGGCCAUGCCUUCACUUGUACCCCAGGUUCUUUUUAUGGAACAAGGAGCAGAGGAUGCAGAAACCCAAACAGAGCGAUGGACACCCAUAAUGGAGAUCAUCAAGAAAGAAGCAGAGGAGGCUGCUAUGGCGAAAGUAGAAGAGAAGCUGCAGCAGCAGUUGAAAGAGGCAAGGAUGGCUGAAGAAAUGGCUAGACAGGCGGCUGAAAUGGCAGUCAAACAGCUGGAGGAGGAACAGGCGUCCAGCACCCAGAGGGCCACAGACUCAUUGCUGGAGGCUGAGGGAGAGCAACUGCCCAAUAUCCAGGAGGAAGAGAACGAGGAUGACACUGAGUUGCAGCUUCUUCAGGAGGAGAGCGACGAGUGCAUGGAGUAUAAAAGUCCUGAAGAAAAUAUGAGUCCUAAGAUAUUAGAGGAUGCAGCUGAGAAUAUAGUUAGAGAAGUGAUUAAGAUGACUGAGGAACAAAAAGUAACAGAUAUUACAGUAGAUGACAAAAUAAUUAUGAAAACGAAUAAAAACCCUAUACUACAUAGUAAAAUAUCAAAUUCUACAGUUACAGCGACAGUGAGUAAUUUUAAUGAAGACACAAAAGUUGCUUAUAAGGAGAAUAUCAUCUGUGAUGAGGUUAAUAUAUCUGAGGAGAACAAAGUGGAAAAUGAAAGUCCGGGCAAGGAUAAAUUAACACAAUGUACUGACAUUGUGAAAAUUAGGGUUGUUGAUAUUAAGAUAUCUAAGGAUAAAAAUAUCAAUGAAGACAAACACGUUUCUGACAAAGAGACAAAUAUAGUCACUAAAGAAGAGGUGUCAAAAGAGGAAACAAAUGAUGAAAUCAAAAAUACUGAACAGAAUCUGGUUACAGUGAAAAAUAUAAUCAGUGUAGACAAAGCAAAAGACAAAACUAAAACUACAGAUAUGUCAUACGAGGUAGAAAAGAUGUCUAGCCUUGAGAAUAAAGGGGAUAUAGAGGAAAAUGAAAAUCAGGAUGUGAAUGAAGUUGCAGAGAAAAAUCUGAUUGUUAGACCAAUGAUGACUGCACAGGACAAUACCAUUCCUGAGAAAAAUAAAGUUACAGGUGAUGAAAUAAAAGUAAUUGUUGAGAAAACUGACACAAAUAAAACUAUGUUUUGUGAUCCAAAAAUAGUUAAAGAGAGAAAUGAAUGUCUAGACAAGAAUAGAAAAACAUUAACAGAGGUCAUUGAGCAAGAAAAAUGUAAUAUUGGUGAAAAUACAAGUACAUUAGCUGAUAAAAUGUUGAAGGAGAAAGACGUUGCUGAAAAUAAUAAAAAAACAAAGGUUACGGUUGUGGAGAAAAUUCUGAUUGAAGAGAGCAGAAUAACUGCGGAUAUCAAGAUACCAUGGGGAAAAGAUAUCAAGAAAGACAAGGUCCCAAGUGAUAGGAAUAUAGCAGUUGGAGACAUGGCUGUUGGAGAGAUUAUAUCUGUGGACACAAAAGUAACAGAUGAUAAUGAAAGUUUUGAGCAUAAUAAGAAAACAGAGGUUGAAGACAAGAUUAACUUAGUUGAGGAAAUGAAUAUCACACAGGAGCCUAUGAUGUCUGAGGAGAACAAUCUAACAAAAGAAAAUGCACUUAUUGGUAAGAUUAAGAGUAUUGAACAGAAUACUAUACAGGUAAAAUCAAAUAAGAAAACUGUGAGUAAAGACAAGCAAAAUGCAGAUGAGAAAAUAGUAACUAUAGAGAAUAAAACAUCUGAGAAUAAUAUGAAUCCUGAUAUUAAUAAAAUAAAAUCUUCAGUCAUUAUUGUAGGCUCUGAAAAUAAUAUAAUAUCUGAGGAGAAAACUGUCAACCAAGAAGAAAAAGUUGUUGAGGACAAUAUUGUUGUUGACGACUACAUUGACACUUUGGAACUUACAGAGGACAAUAAGAACACAGAGUUGGAGCCACGUCACAAGAACUACGGAAGCCCGGAGAAUGAAAGUCCUGAGGAAAAUAAAGUUAUUGAGGUUAAAGUCAUUGAGAAAAUUCAGGUCAUUGAAGAAAAUACUUUAAUUGACAUUGUACUCGCUGACGAUGAGAUAUCGAAAGACGGCACAAUUGAAGGAGUGGAGUAUAAAGUGGAGCCUAAAAUCGCUAAAGUGGACCUGAAAAGGUGCUUGUUGGAUGUGUGUCCAGCUGAGGGGUUACCUGAUCCCUCCCAGUCCAAAGCUGAGGCGGAGGAUGAGCCAGUCGAACCAAGUGCCCCAGCAACUCCCCCAAGAGAGGCCUUCCCUGAACCCGAACCACAGACAGAACUACCCCAGAAACAGGCUCCACCAGCAACAGAGGGUCAGGCAGUGACCAUACAACCAGAAUUAGCCAACCAGAAAUGUCUGCCUACUGCCUCCCCUCGGCAGGAAGACGAAGUUGCAGAGGACGGAGGAAGGGGUGAAGGUGAGUCAUCCAACUCCAUGAAAUCAUCCAUGCUGAUCAGUAAUAUACAGAGUGUUCGAGAGGACAGACGAGGGAGUAUGCUACCAGCUGUUAAAGUGGAGGAUGUGGACAAAGAUGUGGUGUCAGAGGGGAUUUGCAAUAUCCCUCAGAUCAUUAACUCACAGGAGUCCCUGGCCGUUACUCUGACUGUGCAUCUGGCCCCCAUGACCCAGCACAGUAGCUUGCUCCAAGUGGUAGAAGAGAGAAGUUCUGAAGAUGAAGUUAGUGCUAUUGAUGACUUGGAAAUGCAGACCAGCCUUCGGACUGUGGAUGAUGAGAAUCGCCAAGCUUCAACUGCCAGUUAUGGCACUGUACUUGCCCAGGAGAGAAUGGCUUCACUGGUCAAGCUAUUCAAAGCAAGGACUGUCCGCAAGAAGGAAAGACUGGCAGACCCUGACGACUCUGAAGAAGAUAGUCCUCAUGCCUCCCCAGCCAAAGCUCCACCACCCCCUACACCUCCGCCCCCAGAAGAGGAAAAGAAGGACAUUCUGGUGGAGGAGGAAGUAGCAGAGGAUGAUGAUUACUGGGAGGUCUAUGGUUACCAAAUCAAAGUACCCAAAUUUCCCAAACUGGCCCCACUACCUAGUUGGCUUCAAACCAUAUUGGACUACCGCUUCCCUUCCAGCAUUGACCCUUAUACAGACAUGGUUUACGUGGUAUGGCUGUUCUUUGUAAUGAUGGCGUGGAACUGGAAUGUGUGGCUGAUCCCGGUGCGCUGGGCCUUUCCCUACCAGACUGCAGAGAACAUCCACUGGUGGCUGUUGAUGGACUAUACCUGUGAUCUCAUUUACAUUACUGACAUCCUGAUCUUCCAGCCCCGCCUUCAGUUUGUACGCGGGGGAGACAUUGUGCAUGACAAUGAUCACAAGCACAAGGCCAAAGCAACAUUGGAGUGGCUCAAGAACGUUAAGUGUGAUAAAAAAGACAUGAGAGAUAACUACAUGACAACCGAAAGAUUUAAGAUGGAUUGUAUUAGCAUGUUUCCCAUGGAGAUAUUUUACUACUUCACUGGAGUGAACUCCCUCCUUAGAUUCCCCCGCCUAUUGAAGUACAUGGCUUUCUUUGAGUUCAACGACCGUUUGGAAGCAGUAAUGAAGAAAGCCUACAUCUAUAGAGUGAUCCUGACCACUUCCUACCUGUUGUAUUCUCUCCACAUCAAUGCCUGUCUAUUCUACUGGGGUUCUGAUUAUGAGGGGUUGGGAUCGACCAAAUGGGUCUACGAUGGCAAAGGGAACAGUUACAUACGGUGUUACUACUUUGCUGUGAAAACCCUGAUUACCAUUGGUGGUCUACCGGACCCCACCACAGUGUUUGAGAUCACCUUCCAGCUGGUCAACUACUUUGUUGGUGUCUUCGCCUUCUCCAUCAUGAUCGGUCAGAUGAGAGAUGUGGUGGGGGCUGCCACAGCCGGACAGAACUACUACCGGGCCUGCAUGGACAACACUAUCAAGUACAUGACCUCUUAUCACAUCCCAAAAGAGGUGCAGAACCGUGUCAAGACCUGGUACGACUACACCUGGCAGAUUCAGGGCAUGCUGGAUGAGCAGGAACUUUUAGUCCAACUGCCAGACAAGAUGAGGAUGGACAUGGCUGUGGAUGUUAACUACUCCAUUGUCAGUAAAGUGGCCCUAUUCCAGGGCUGUGAUAGACAGAUGAUCUUUGACAUGUUGAUGAGGCUCAAGUCUGUCGUCUACCUGCCAGGGGACUUCGUCUGUAAAAAGGGUGAGAUCGGCAGGGAGAUGUACAUCAUCAAGCAGGGAGAGGUUCAAGUGGUGGGAGGACCUGAUUUAAAGACUGUGUUUGUGACAAUCAGGGCCGGCUCUGUUUUUGGAGAAAUCAGCUUGCUUGCAGGGGGCGGGGGGAACCGACGCACGGCUAAUGUGAGGGCUCAUGGAUUCGCUAACCUCUUCAUCCUGGACAAGAGGGAUCUCUCAGACAUCUUAGUCCACUACCCAGAGUCUCAGAAACUCCUCCGCAAAAAGGCCAAGAGAAUGCUCACGAGGGAUAUUAAGCCAGAGGAGAAGGCGGUGGGUAGAGAGACUUCCCAGGUGAUCCCCACAAGGCCGGAGACCCCCAAGCUGUUCAAAGCUGCCCUGGUGGUCACAGAGCAGGCAGGCAUUAAGGGCACCUUUACCAAGUUGAAAGAAGGCUACAAACCUGAGGAAAUGAAGGUAAGUAAGAAGUUUUCUGGACCCCCAAUACCUCCUCCUUCUCCGAUGAUGCACCGUUGCUCUCCUAUUCCCCCUUCCCAUCCCUACGAGGAGGAGGACGAAGAUGCAGUUUCUGAGACAACUGACAGCACAAUGCUCAUCCGAAUGACACCCCGUCACCAAGGUGAGGAGCUCCUGUCAGUUGAAGUUAAGCCCAGAGAUGAAAAGGACGGCGGUGAGGAAGAUAAGUCAGAGACAACCACUGGGGAUUGAGAAAGCGAAAGGAUGACUGAAGAGGUGGAACAGAACUGAGAAGAAAAUGGACUGAAAGAAAAGAAAAACUUUCUCCCACUAUACUUGUUAGUGCGCUUCAAUGCUUACAACAAUAUUUAGUUUUCAAACUGAAAUGGUCAAUAUCUCUAUUCUCUAUCAAUGUUCCCUUUAAGAGCUUCCCAUAACAGAGUUAAUUCGUAUUCUGGGAUACUCUGUUCUCCGCUUGUAUUCCACUCCCUAACGGUCUUUCUGUCAUGUGUUCUAAAUUAAAUAUGUUGUAGAACCUUAAUCUUUUGUAAAGCUUCAAAACCCUAUAAAGCUUCUAUGGUUAUAAAACUCCAUUACCCAGGGAUAAUUAACUCCAGGCCUGCUGUGGUUUCCUGCUUUUUUAUACUUCCACUACUAUCAGGGACCUCUGACAGGCACUAUAGCCUUAGCAACUACACGUUAUUGGUUUCUUUCUGUAUUUUUGUUAGCUGUUCCUUUUUAGGAGAGGACUUUUCCUUUUGUAGUGCCAUGAGAGAAAACAGUAGUCUUCGACUCUAAAAGUCGACUUUAAAAUGCUUAGCAUUUUAUAACUUAAAAAUGUGUUUUCUCUUUUCUGAUGAAUAACAUAUGAGCUAGCAGAUUUACUUAUCUGAACUCUGGGAUAAAGAGAGUAUUUCUAAACCCCUUCUGACCAAGGUUAGAGUAAAAUAAAUGUAGACAUAUGUAUGCUAUGUUGAAGCCCUUGCUGAUAAAAUAUUGUCAGAACAUUGUGGAAUAGUUAUCUUGUUCAUUGUUUUUGAUGUACAGUGUUCUAGUAUUGGUUUCCAAGGGCACUUAAAAAUAUCUGAUCGGCUGUUUCAGGGUUGUUUUCAUGUGUCCUGCUGUCUUACACAGCAGAAGCAUUAAUGGGUUUCAGUGAUCCUACAGUAUUUCUGUUUGUGUGUGUCUGUAUGUAUGUGAGAGAAAUGUAGAAUUGAGUGUCUAUGACCAGGAAAGGGUGCAGGAAACCAGAGGAAGUCUUCAUUGUGUCUGAUUCAGCCGAACAGGAAAAUACCAAAUAAAAAGACUAGAGCAUAAACAAUGCUGAGCAAGCCUCAUAACCAGCCCAUACAACACUGUGCUGCAUUUUAGUUCAUGAGAAAAUCUGCAUACCUGUUAUAGGAGUCAGAUUUUAACUAGAAAUAGAUUUCCCUACAGUAUAGCAUACUUCCGCCAUUAAAAGCUACUAGCUGCUAUAUAAAGACAACACUGGAUUAUGUCCAUACUACAGUAUUAUAAUUUUUAGAAAGUUUUUAACAUAUCAGUCACAUUCUUUGGUGUUAUUUUCAAACAAGUCAGACAUUGUGAACCAUUUUGAAAAUAAACUACUACUGGCUGUGUAAGCAAUAUUUUUUAAGAACAUAGCUGACGAUGGAUUCAGCAUUUUUGACAAUGAAGAAGAGGAAUGUUCUAUAGAUUAUAAUUUGCUUAAUAUUGUAAUAUGUAUGGUAUAUACAUGCAUUCAUGCGUUGACGCGUAAUUUCUUAAUCUAGGCAAUAAAUGUGCUUAUAGCGAA